AUGGCAUUCCGUUGGGUCUAUCAAGCUGGCAGCAUCUGGGUUCCCUUUGAUGAUCGGGCUAACGCAGCAAUUGAAAAUCUCUGGCGUGCUUGUUCCCAUGGCAACGUCUAUCAUGCUGGUACCGUUGCCUAUGUGAAUGCCGUCAACCUAUACAUGCUUCAAGAUAACGUACGAAGAGCUAUUACUCGCACCGGCUAUUGA